AUGAAUCGUGAACAAAUACUUGAACAAUUACAAAUAAUGAUAAGUGAAUUACCACCAAAAUUACAAGAACGUUUUGAAAAAGAUGAUUUAAGUGAUAAAUUGAUAACAUUAUUACUUGAUGGAUCUAUAUUUAAUCUUGUUAAUAAUCUUCAAGAAAGUCAAGCACGUACUGAAAAAAAUUUAUUUAAUGAACGACAAAAAUUAAUUAAAAAAGCUAAAGAUCAAGAAGCUGAUCUAAUUCGAAAACAUUCUGAAGAUGAAGCUCGUUGUGCUGAUAGACCACAACAUUUAAAUCUUCUUCAAGCAGCAAAUAAACGUGAAUUUGAAGCAUUUCUUAAAAGAGUUGCCGAUGAACAGCAACGUUUUGAUAUGUCAAUAGUUUUAGAUCUAGAUCAAAAAAUGUUAGAACAACAAACAAGAUUAGAAAAAGCUGGUGUACCAUGUAUGCACGCUACUAAUAAACCAUUAGAUGUACGUCUACAAAUGUUUAUUAUCGAAUUUAUUCAACGAAUAGCAAAACAACAACAUCUUUCUCCUGUAACAGAAAAUUCCAAUUAA